AUGGCGAAGCACACGGUGUCAUCGGCGCGGUCCCGCCGGGUGGACGUGGGCGAGUACGACAACCCGCGCUGGGGGGCUCCCCCAGACCCGCAGUGGGACUUAGGUGUCCUGACCCAUACCAUCUUGGUGUUUGAAGGUGCUGUGGAGGUGAGGCUGGUGGACGGCGGCAGGCGCUGUGCUGGGAGAGUGGAGGUGAAACAUCAGGGCAAGUGGGGGACCGUGUGUGGUGACUACUGGAGUAGGAAGAAUGCAGCAGUGGUUUGUAAGCAGCUGGACUGCGGGUCUGCUGUUGGAGCUCCUCAGUACGGACACUUUGGGCCAGGAUCUGGCCCCAUUUGGAUGGAUGAUGUUGGCUGUAAUGGCACCGAAUCUGCCCUGUCUGACUGCACACACAGAGGAUGGGGUGAACAUGACUGUGGUCAUCACCUUGAUGCUGGAGUGGUGUUGUUUGAAGGUGCUGUGGAGGUGAGGCUGGCAGACGGCGGCAGGCGCUGUGCUGGGAGAGUGGAGGUGAAACAACAGGGCAAGUGGGGGACCGUGUGUGGUCACUACUGGAGCAUGAAGGAUGCAGCAGUGGUUUGUAAGCAGCUGGGCUGUGGGUCUGCUGUUGGAGCUCCUCAGUACGGACACUUUGCAGGAUCUGGCCCCAUUUGGAUGGAUGAUGUUGGCUGUAAUGGCACCGAAUCUGCCCUGUCUGACUGCACACACGGAGGAUGGGGUGAACAUAACUGUGAUCAUAUCCUUGAUGCUGGAGUGGUGUGUUCAGAGUACACAGGGAUCAGACUGGUGAACGGCAGCACAGUGUGUGCGGGGAGGGUUGAGGUCCAGGUGCUGGGAACCUGGGGGACCCUCUGUGCCUCCCGCUGGGACCUCUCGGAUGCCCACGUUCUCUGUCGUCAACUCAACUGCGGGUUUGCUGAGUCCAUUCCUGGAGGAGAAUAUUUUGGGAGAGAAACUGGCCCUGUCUGGAGAGACUCAUUCCACUGUGACGGGACUGAAGCUCUCCUGCAGCAGUGCCCAGUGACCACCUUGGGCGCCUCGCCGUGCUCCCAAGGGAACGCUGCUGCUGUCCUUUGCUCAGGGCACGAGGCCAAGCUGACCCUCUGCAACACCUCCCUGCCCGGCAGUGCGCUGGCGGCAGGGCUUGCGGAGGACGUGGGAGUCAUUUGCUGGGGGAGCCGGCGGGUCCGGCUGGUGAACGGGGCCGGGCGCUGCGCGGGGAGAGUGGAGAUCUACUCCCAGGGCAUCUGGGGGACUGUCUGCGACGACGGCUGGGACCUGUCUGAUGCCGCCGUCGUUUGCCACCAGCUGGGCUGCGGAGAGGCAGUGGAGGCAGCCGGCUCCGCUUUCGGGGAAGGCUCCGGGCAGAUCUGGCUGGAUGGUGUGAACUGCUCCGGGGCCGAAGCUGCUCUCUGGGACUGCCCGGCUGGGCCCUGGGGGCAGCACGACUGCGGGCACAAAGAGGAUGCGGGAGUCUCUGCUCAGUUCGUGGCCCUGAGGCUGGAGAACAGCGACGGCUGCUCCGGGCGCCUGCAGGUUUUCUACAACGGGACAUGGGGGAGUGUUUGCUCUAACUCCACUCAGGACACGGUGACACUGGCGUGCAAGGAGCUGGGCUGCGGGGACGGAGGAUCCCUGGAAACACGCCUGCCCUCUGGCAGGGUGUCUGGCCCUGCCUGGCUGGAUCGCGUGCAGUGUGGGAGAGACAGCUCCUUCUGGCAGUGUCCCUCCACGCCCUGGAAUCCACAGUCAUGUGAAUACCUGGAAGAGGAGAUCCACAUCACCUGCAAUGGCUCCAGAAGAGCCCAGGAGCCCUUCCCCGAGGCUGUGUACGAGGAGAUCGGGUACAGCCCAGCGUGGGAGAAACGAGCCAGGUUUGAUCGCUCAGGCUCCUAUUCAGAGGAGUCCCUGACCCAGCUGCAGCCCCACCCUGGGGUCAGCGAGGAGGAGAAUGGUCUGGGAUCAGCACCAGCUGCAAGGAGUGCCUCUCCCUGGGAGUGGGGGACAGUGGCCUCCCUGUGGGCAGUGUGCCCUGGUCUGGGAACUGAGGUUGAGGUGAAGGAUGUGUGUGAGGAAAGGAGCAGUCUUUGCACCAGUGAGAAUGACCAUGAGGAGAGAGACAGAGUCUUUGCAGAGACCCCUCAGUGGAGAGAUCCCGAUCUCUGUGGAGCAGGGAAGGAGACCCAGCUGGAGAACACCCCAAAGACACACUGA